GCCGCCGCCGCCACUACCUCAGUGGCCGCAGUGGCCGCAAGGACCUGGACCUCAGGGAGGGCUCCGCACGGAGUCGGACUGUCCUGUGCGCCGCCUGAGUCCAGGCUUGCCCGCGCGCGGCCAGGCAACAACGCCCCCAGUCUCUCCGUUCGGGGAGACGCGUGGCCCUGCCGGACACUCACCGGAAAUGAGGGCAAAAGGCAACAGCGACUCUGGAAUUCUAUACAGGCAUUGCUGAGGACACCUAAGAUGACGCAAUCUCCGCGCAGGAUGGGCGGGGCUUCGCGAGGACCUCAUGCCUCAGAGCUCGCCUGAGCAGCGGAAGCCGUCAGUCGAGAAGCAGCUACCCAAGGUACCGUAGGUUCCGAUGAAACCGAGGACCAGAGAGGGAAAGUGACCUCAAAGUCACAAACUAAUUUUUUAGAGCUGGACAAGAAUCCAAGCCUGCAACUGCAGAGACCAGAGAUCUUUCUGCUAUCUAUACUCUUGGGAAGCACAUCCUAAGAUCUUUGCAAAUUAUCUGGUGGAAGGAAAAUGCCUAAAGUCAAAAGAAGCCGGAAAGCACCCCCAGAUGGCUGGGAGUUGAUUGAGCCAACGCUGGAUGAAUUAGAUCAAAAGAUGAGAGAAGCUGAAACAGAACCGCAUGAGGGAAAAAGGAAAGUGGAAUCUCUGUGGCCCAUCUUCAGGAUCCACCACCAGAAAACCCGCUACAUCUUUGACCUCUUUUACAAGCGGAAGGCCAUCAGCAGAGAACUCUAUGAAUAUUGUAUUAAAGAAGGCUAUGCAGACAAAAACCUGAUUGCAAAAUGGAAAAAGCAAGGGUAUGAGAACUUGUGCUGCCUGCGGUGCAUUCAGACAAGGGACACCAACUUCGGGACGAACUGCAUCUGCCGUGUGCCCAAAAGCAAGCUGGAAGUGAUGUAACCUUGGUAUCCAUAGCAGCUGUUUCCACCUUCAUGAGGGAGCCAAAUUUUCCGUCCAGAGCUGUCACAGAAGGGUUUCUGAGGUGUGUACCUAUAUGGCAUGGUGGCAGAGGGUUGCCACGUAUGUGAGCGUGCAGGGACGAGUGUGGCGCAGUGGCAUCAUCUCAAUGUCCUCCUCCAUUGCAGGGCCGCAUCAUCGAGUGCACACACUGUGGCUGCCGUGGCUGCUCUGGCUGAUGCUAGCGCUCUCCACCCUGGACUCUGGACUUCGCAGGUUCCUGCCUGUGGCGCCACCCCCUUCCUGGGAGCAGCGAGCAGUGCCCCAGGCCCAAGUUGGAGCACGGGUCUCUACGGGGAAGGCUUUGCUGUCCAUCAGCUGUGAUUUGUAAAAAUAAAAUCUUUAAACCUC